AUGCCGCUCAGAGUCGCUGUCAUCGGUGCCGGACCUGCGGGUCUAGCGACGACGCGGUACCUCAAGUGGGCGCAUCAAUUCUUCGCCAUUGAGCCCAUUGAGGUUCGCGUAUUCGAGAAAGAGGAUGAUAUCGGAGGGACCUUCAAGUAUCGCGUGUAUGAAGCUGCCGAGCUUGUGUCGUCCAAAUAUCUGACCGCCUUCUCUGAUCAUCGCUUACCACCAGACGCCCCUGACUAUCUUACUCCGGAGCGCUAUGUAGAGUAUCUGAACGAGUACUGCGACCGUUUCCAACUCAGACAGCACAUCGAGCUCUCAUCUCCGGUAACCCGCGUUCGUCGAAGGAAAGCCGGAGGGCACGUUGUCACAGUAUCCUGUCCGGAUGGCACCACGUUCGAAUACGAGUGCGACGCCGUCGCUGUCUGCUCCGGCCUCAACGUCGAACCCCGGAUUCCGCCUGUCAAAGGACUCGAAAGAGUCCCAAAAGUUCUCCACUCUUCGGAAUUCAAGACUCGGGACCAACUCCGAGCUAUCAAGAGCGAGAAGCCCACUGUAGUGAUCGUCGGUACUGGAGAAACGGCCCAGGAUCUUGGGGAGAUCACUGUGACGACUGAAAAUAUUAAGCAUGUUGUCAUGUGCCAUCGCGAUGGCUUUAUCGUUGCCCCUAAGACUGCCCCUGCACCGGUCAUGUUUGGUUUCUGGGGCAAGGGCCAGAAGAUCAAGGAGAAGCCAGUCGACUGCUCUAUUGCCAGUUUAUUCGACACAGCAUACGUCCCUCCUCGGCUGCAAGCGAGCCAAUUUCUUUGGGACUUUUACAACCAACAGAUCGACGUUACAUUUUCUUUGAUUGGCGGCACGUUGGAAGGAUGGGACCAGUUGGUUGGCGGUAUGCGCCGCGAAAGAAUGCACAUCGACCAUUUCUUCCCUGCCAAGUCUGCCCGAGCCAUUCCGUACAUCUCAGCUCCUUGGCGCAAGCCACUUUCCCUCCGAGAACGCCUUCGCAGAUUCUUCUUCUACAUCAAGGAGUUUGACAUCGAUCCCAAGGGUCGCUACAUCGACGUAGCCCCCUGGCCCGACUAUGUCGACGACGAUGGCGUGAUGCACUUCAUGGACAAUGGACGGCCGGAAGCUGAGAGGAUGAAGGGAAUUACUGUUAAGCCGGACUUGGUCAUCUUCGCAACGGGAUACACGCGACGCUUCCCCUUCCUUGACGAGAGCUACGGAACGCCUGACUCGGCGGAUGUACGAGCUGUUUAUCACAGCCAUGAUGUUACGACGGGAUUCAUCGGGUUUGUUCGACCCAAUCUCGGCGCCAUACCUACCCUCGCCGAAAUGCAAACUCAGUUCUGGAUCCUUCGUCUCCUACAGUCAAGAUACCCCACCGUCCCCGGCCUCAACCCAUCACCGAACGGCCUACCUCUGGACCCCAACGCGCUACCCGGCUACGAUAUCGAUUGGAAGCUACAUCCCCGCUGCGGCCGCGACCCAUGGGCCGAGAAGCGCGGCGUCGACCAUGAGAGCUACGUCUACCAGUUGGCGCUCGACAUCGGCUCGGCACCGCGCUUCAGCUACAUCCUGCCCCAGGGCUUCCGCGCCGCUUACACUUGGGCCAUGGGCAGCAACUUCAACGCCAAGUUCCGUCUUGUCGGUCCCUGGAAGAACGAAGACGAGUCGUUGCGCAUCAUGCGCGGAGAACUGUUUGGCAUUGUCAGCCAGUCCGGUGGAUUGUUGUACUUUUUCGCUAAUACGUUGAUACCCAUGUUCAUGUUCGGAACGAUGAGCGUUGCUAUUCACACUUGGGACUGGGCAAAGAGCCUGGUUACGCCGUGGAGACGCAAGGAGGGCCGCAUCCGUCUUUCUCAUUGUUAG